AUGAGCAUGAUAAGAACCUUCCAGAAACUUCUGCAACCAACCCGCGGACCCCACCGGGCUUCUACUCCCCUCCGCCGCUUCUGCGGCCGCGCACCGGCCCCGCCGUCGCCCUCCGGCGGCGACAUCUUCCAAUGGAACUCCGCCAUAUCCGCCCACCUCCGCGCCGGCAGGGUGGCCGCCGCGCGCCGACUGUUCGACGAAAUGCCGGAGCGGAACGUGUUCACGUGGAACUGCAUGAUCUCCGGCUUCGUCCAGAACCGGAUGCUCGCGGACGCGCGCAGGGCGUUCGACGCGAUGCCUGGGAGGAACUCGGUCUCCUGGGCCGCGCUCCUGACCGGCUACGCGCGGUGCGGGAGGGUCGCCGAGGCCAGGGAGCUCUUCGACCGGAUGCCGGACCGGAACGUGGUCUCCUGGAACGCGAUGAUGUCAGGCUACGCGCGCAACGGGAUGGUCGAGCGGGUGCGCGAGCUGUUCGACGCGAUGCCAGCGAGGAACGACGUCUCGUGGCUGACGAUGAUCUCCGGUUACAUCAGGAGGCGUCGUGUCCGUGAGGCGAGGGAGCUCUUUGACCGCGCCCCUUCCCCGUCGACGUCUGUCUGCAACGCGUUGCUGUCGGGUUACGUCGCACUUGGUUGCUUGAAGGACGCCGAGGAGCUGUUUGGCCGGAUGCAGAGACGGAACCCUGUCUCGUGGAAUGUUAUGAUCACAGGCUACGCGCGGGCUGGGAGGAUGCAGGUUGCGCAGAGCCUGUUUGAUGAGAUGCCCCAGAAGGACACGAUAUCUCGGACAGCCAUUAUGCGUGGGUACUUGCAGAAUGGAGACGUUGAUGCUUCGUGGAAGGUGUUCCAGGAAAUGCCCGAUCGGGAUGCUGUUGCUUGGAACACAAUGAUCGGUGGUUUCGUGCAGAGUGAGAGGGUGGAUGAUGCUUUGAGAUUGUUUGCUGAGAUGCCAAAUAGGGAUCUCGUAUCUUGGAACACGAUCUUGCAAGGCUAUGUUCAACAAGGGGACAUGGCUAGUGCAAAUACCUGGUUUAGAAAAAUGCCAGAGAAAGAUGAGACCUCGUGGAACACAUUGAUCUCUGGGUACAAAGAUGAAGGAGCACUAGCUUUGCUGUCAGAAAUGACCAGAGGAGGACUCAGACCGAACCAAGCCACUUUGAGCAUUGUUAUUUCUAUCUGCGCCUCUCUUGUUGCGCUCGGAUGUGGAAAAAUGGUGCAUCUCUGUGCAGUCAAAACUGGCUUUGAGCGGGACGCUUUGGUAAUGAGCUCAUUGAUAUCUAUGUACUCAAAGUGUGGGCUAAUCGCUGAAGCCUCACAAGUUUUCGAAUUGAUGUUGCAGCGAGAUACAGUGACAUGGAAUGCCAUGAUUGCGACAUAUGCUUAUCAUGGUAUGGCUGCUGAAGCUCUGAAACUCUUUGACAAAAUGACUGAAGAUGGAUUUCGUCCAGACCAUGCAACCUUUCUUAGUGUAUUGUCUUCUUGUGCACACAAAGGCUAUUUAUAUGAAGGUUGUCGUUAUUUUAGAAGUAUGCAAGAAGAUUGGAACUUGAUUCCUAGAUCUGAUCACUAUUCCUGUAUGGUUGAUCUCCUAGGAAGAUCUGGUUUUGUACACCAAGCUUAUGCAUUCACAAGAAAAAUCCCAUCUGACCUUCAAGUAAAUGCAUGGGAGACACUGUUUAGCGCAUGUAAUGCUCACGGAGAUGUUCAGCUUGGAGAAGUCAUUGCAAAGAAUGUCCUUCAGGCGCAACCUUCUGAUGGAGGAAUGUAUACACUCUUGGCAAACUUAUAUGCUGCCAAAGAGAUGUGGAGCAGUGCUGCCAAUGUUAGAGGAUUCAUGAAAGAGCAGGGCUUAAAGAAGGAGACAGGGUGUAGUUGGGUUGAGCUGAAGGGGGAGGUUGUCUCCUUCUCAUCAAAUGACAAUACACAUCCUCUAAUUGAUCAGAUAUGCCAGGAGGUUGAUAACCUUUCUGUCAUGAUAGAAGGGGCGACGUGA